UUCUACCGUCGCACAACGAUGACGCAAUAUACAUUUAAUGCCAUAGUUUCUCAUUUGUAAAAGGUGUAUUGGUUAUUAUUUUGUUAGAUGUUACUAAUACGUGUAUUUAAACCUUUGAUUAGAAGUAGUGUUUGUUAUCUUUGGUUAAAACGUUCUCUGUUUACAAUGCAACUGAAUACGAAAGAAUUCCAGACAGUGUUCACUCCUGGAUUAAAAACGAUUGCAGAGCUGUUUGAGAAGGAGAAGUUUGAGCUUAGAAUUGCAGGUGGUGCAGUCAGAGACAUUUUGAAUGGAAAGCCUCCACAGGAUGUGGACUUUGCCACAACAGCUACUCCUGAUGAGAUGAAACACAUUUUUCAGACUACUGGCAUCAGAAUGAUCAACAACAAAGGAGAGAAACAUGGUACCAUCACUGCCAGGUUACAUGAGCAGAACUUUGAAAUUACUACACUCAGAGUUGAUGUAGUGACGGAUGGAAGACAUGCUGAAGUGGAAUUCACAACAGAUUGGCAUAAGGAUGCUGAACGAAGAGACCUUACUAUAAACUCAAUGUUUUUAGGUCUUGAUGGUACACUGUAUGACUACUUUGAUGGGUAUGAAGACUUGAAAAACAAGAGAGUUUGUUUUGUAGGCAAUGCUGCCGAAAGAAUACAGGAGGACUACUUACGAAUCCUCCGGUAUUUCAGGUUUUAUGGGAAAAUAGUUGAAGAACCUGGUGAACAUGAAGCAAAGACAUUGGAAGCCAUUAAAGAAAAUGCCAGAGGCCUUGCUGUCAUCUCUGGAGAAAGAAUUUGGGUUGAGCUCAAAAAGAUAUUGGUUGGAAAUCAUGCAGCACAUCUGGUUAACCUCAUGUAUGAACUUGAUGUUGCUGAGUAUAUAGGACUGCCAGUCAGUGGAAAUCUAGAAGAAUUGAACAGAGUGUGGAAUAAUCUCCAAAACCUUUGCCCGAAGCCUAUGACAGUUCUGGUCUCAUUACUUCAAAGCCCAGAGGAUGUCAAUAAACUUGAUUUGAGGCUGAAGAUUUCAAAAGAAGAAAAAAAUCUUGGUCUGUUCUUAGUGAAAUAUAGGCGGGAUUUAUCUGGAACUGACAAUGAUGGAGAUCCCCUUAAACCAUACACAGAUUUAAUUAUAGAUUCUAGAGAAACUGAUAUCCAGAGCAAGGUCUGUGAACUCCUGAAAUACCAAGGAGAAGUGAAACUUUUAAAGGAAUUAGAGCAGUGGUCUGUUCCACGUUUCCCAGUGAGUGGCCAUGAUCUAAGAAAAAUGGGUAUUUCUUCUGGUAAAGAAAUUGGAGAACAUUUAUUGCAACUUAGAGAUAUUUGGAAGAAGAGUGGAUAUAAAAUGGAGAAGGAAGAACUCUUAACCAAAGUGCAAAAAAAUAAUAUCGUGAGCAAUGAAGACUUUUGUACUGUAUUGUCUGGUAAAGGAAAUGUCCCUUUAACAGAAUCUAAGAUGACCUUCUUCUACACUUUCUGAAGAGUAUAAGUACAUGUAUAACGUCAGCGGAAAUAUGUCUUCUGUUUAGUCCAGUUCACUAGCAGCCCAUCAUCUCUUCUACUGCUGUGUAGUUUACGACCCCAGGGCAGAUGUAGAUAAAUGUUAUUUGUGUUUUGUAAUGCAAUUUUGCAUUUUCAGGCCAUACUUUUAUUACAUAACCAUUUUGCCUCGUUAUCAGUGUGCAAAACAAACAUUCUUGCAUACUAUUAAAGUCUGUAAGUACAAUACAAGUUAUACACCUUGUGUUUCUGAAGCUGUAUUCUUUCAUUUAUUUGUGCAAAAUACCCAAUAUAGCUGUUCUUUUAUACUUCUGCAGAAUAAAGGAUUUAAAAUGUAACAUCUUGGAUAAAAAUGAUGGUAAUAAACUGUACAUUUCCUUAUAGUGUUCAUAUCAUUGAUGCUGACAGCUGCAGAGAGUUUAGAUCUAUUUCAUUGUAACAGCAGCAUUUUUAUAACCUAUGAAUAUACACUGGAAUAAAUGACAGGACCUUUUGUAACAGUGA